AGCCAAUGAAGGACGCGAAUCCUUAGUGUCAACGUGUUCUUCGUGGCUAGCGAGCAGAAGCCUGCUUAUUUGUCCCGUGAUUUUCCUUAUCUUCUCUCAGUUUCGCGUUAACAUGCGAUUCACUGAUAGUGACAAAGUAGAAGAGGAGUUGAAACUCAUUGCUAAGUGAGAACAGUGAAAAGAGAGAGAAAAGGUAAGAAAAUUGAGGAAAUGAGAGGCGAACUGGGAAUAUUUAGUGUAACAGUGUGCCAAGCACUUAGUGAGUGCCUCUGUGACUUAAGUUAUAGGAUAUUUUCUUAUAAAUAUUCACCAUAGUGACAGAGUGAAGAAAUUUGAACCCUCCCUCGAAAAUACCCAUCCUGAUUACAACUUAGGACAUGACAGGACGAGAGAAUUCAGGAAUACCUAACAAGCUGCCUUCACAUCCACCAGUCAACCAAGGCCCGCCCGCGACCCCGCCCCUCCCGCCGCCGCCCGCCAUCAUCGGAUGAUACGAAGGGGAAGAAAAGAAAUGUUAACUCGUGCAGCAACCAUAAGAAGGUCGUAUAUUGUAAUCUAGACGCUGCCGCGUGCUGAGCAGCAUGGUGAGCCAGCUGGACGCCCUUCUCACCCAUCUGGGGACCGGCAGGUGGACUGUGCUGCACCUCAUUACCAUACCUUACUUUUCUGUUUUCUUGGCUCCACACUCCCUCGGCGGGGCUUUCUUGGCGCCGCGUCUCGACUACUAUUGUCGGGUGCCGAACAAGUACUUCAACUCCACCAACCUCUCCUUCUUGGACUCAGAAGCCAACACCUCACAUUCGAUCACCUUGAGAGAGGAAUGCCAGUUCAGGACAGACACACAGGAGGGUGAGGUGAUAGAAGACUGUGAUCAGUUUGAUUUCGAUAACUCCACCUUCAGCUCUACCUUCACAUCUGAGUACAAUCUGGCGUGCGGGCGGGCCUACUUGCAGACGUCUUUCCAAAGUAUGUAUAUGCUGGGUUACUUCGUGGGAGCGCCAAUCAGCGGAUACCUGUCAGACAAGUACGGCAGGAAGCCCCUGGUGAUGGCGGGCUACAUCGCGUACAUUCUGCUGGGCGUGGGGUCUGCCUGGCUGCCCCACCUCUUUACCAUCCUCGCGGCCCGGUUCCUCAUAGGCUGCCUGCACUUCAUCAACUCCUACACCACCUACGUUCUCCUGAUGGAGGUGAUAGAGCCCAAGCUGAGGACACCAGUUGGCUUCAUGGAAUGCAACCUCUGGGGCGUGGGCAUGAUGCUGUACGGCGGCCUUGGCUACUGUAUCAGGGAGUGGAGGCUGCUGCAGACAGUGAUGACAUUGCCUGGACUGCUCAUCUUGCCUGCUGUGUGGAUGAUUGACGAGUCUCCGCGAUGGCUGUUAGUGAAUGGCCGACACGAGGAGGCCCUACAGGUGUUCAACAAGGUGGCUCGCUGGCACGGCAUUAAACUCCCACCUGGCGCAGAGAUGAGGAAGCUGGUCGAGGAGCAGGUUCCAGAGAGCCAGAACACCCAUCAGUACUCAUCCGUGUGGCUCUUUCUCAAAUCCGUUACAAAAGAUGCUUUUGUGUUGCUAAGGACGCCGCGGCUGCGACGCAUCACCGUGUGCAUCUACCUAAAUUUCGUGGUGCAGGGCAUGGUGUACUUCGGCCUGUCGCUCAGCGGAGCGAACAUCAGCGACGAUCCCUUCCUGUAUAUGGUGCUGUCCGGCCUCAUGGAGAUACCCGCCUACACCCUCAUCGUCCCCGUUGUGCAGGGCUUCGGCAGAAAGUUCUCUCUCUGCUCUUUAUACGUCAUCUGUACCAGCGUUCUCCUCAUCCUGGCUGUUAUUCCUAUUGCAGAGCAUAGCACCGCCGUGUUGGUCCUGGCCAUGGCGGGGAAGAUGGCCAUCGCAGCGGGCUUCCAAACAGUUGUGUUCUACGCUAGCGAACUUUUUCCAACCGAGAUAAGGAGUCGAGGCAUCGGUACCUCCACGAUGGUCAGCCGCAUUGGGAGUAUGAUGGCCCCUUUCAUUAAUGACAUGGUGGGCGCCGCCUACCCUUGGGCACCUUUCGUGAUCUUCGGACUGAGCUCCCUGCUGGCCGCGACGGUAACUCUUCUACUGCCGGAAACUCGUGGCCACACCCUGCCUGACACUGUGGCUGAACUGGAGGCCGUGGUCAGGCAGACGGCCAGAAGGGAGAUCAGACACGAGGGCCUCCGUUGAUGGGAUGUGAACGAGACCUCCCGGGGCGUGGAGGUGAUGGCGCCACACUUGCGGGAGACUGUCGAUGCUGAGCUUUGCCCAACACAGAACCAGCACAUAUGUUAGCCGUGUUUGAGUGAUUAUGUCUUUCGCACUGAUAGUUAAACAACAAUUUUUUCAUGUGUUUACCAUUAUAGCUAUAAUUAAUAUAAUAAUAUAAUUAUUAAUUAUAUUAUAUCAUUAUAAUGAUUAAUAUAAUUAUAACUAGGCACAGUAAGUUUAAGGUGUCACACAUUUAUUUGUUAGUUUAUUUGUUACUUAUUGUGUUUGAGAUUAAGAGGAUGCAUAUCCUUAAAAUCGAAAAUUAUACAGCACACUUCCUUUAUAUUGGGUCAUAAAGUACAAUGUAAUGGUAUACAAAAGGUAUAGUAAUUCAGAAUUACCUUGGAACAAAAACAUUGGAGAUGGGUUUGAUAGUCAUUUUAUUAAUUGAGUCAUGGUUACAUAAUUAUCAUCAUCCUUCGGAAUUCUGAGUUACUUAAAGAAAAUAAUGAUGCUUACUAGUAGAACCACUUGCAGAAAACGUUGUACAAUAAGUUCAAGGGAGAGAGAAAAAAAAAAUGUCCAGUUCGUGUUUUUAUUAAUUUUAAGUAACCUGUCAUACGGAGCAGGCGGAGUUGAGAGGAACACAAGGUCAGCGUUACCAGAUGCAGAUUUCAGGAUCUGAAGAUACACAACAAGCAAUAUUUAUCGAUAGACCGGUUAAGAACGUUAUCUACUGGAAACUUGAGGAAGUGGCAGCAGUGACCACUAUAUUAUUGCCAUCGACUCAUCGAGGACGAGAACUCAACAUGGUGGAGAGGAGGAGGAACCAUAAUGAAGCUGAUCUGUAUACAUGUAUGUAAUGAACAAGUCAGUGAAAUCAAGAACUAAUUCCAAGGAAAAGAACCUGCAAGUUGCAAUCAGAAGUAGUCAUGAGCAGGAAGCAGGUCCCUGAACACCUUUCCUCCCUGAACCGGCUGCUGCUGACUGGGACACCCAUGUAAAACAGUCUGGCAGAGCUCUGGGACCCUCUGAACUUCCAGAUGCCAGAUAUUUUUUAUUCCCUCAAUGUGAGGGAGACACAGUAGGGGAAGUGAUGAGAGGAAUUUGAGGCAGGAAUGGGAGGGCCAGGUCAUCUCCACUCAAAUGAAGAUUCCCAGCACAUUUUUCCUGCGGCAGGUGAGAGGGAUGUAAACUCAGACAUUCCACCGGAGAGCUGCUUGUGUACACCCCAGUGACUCCACUCCUGCUCAGACUGUACACGGCAACUCUCACAAGCAACAUGGAGGCGUUUGUGUCAAAGGAUGGAGAGCUUAGGAUACCACACGGAGGGGGGGGUGAAGGAACCUUGGGGAUGCCUGAAGGAGGGAGGCCUAGAGAUGAAGGAAAUGCAGAAAAUUCCUGCCAUACUAAACGCUUCUCUGGUCAGACUAUCUUUUACUGAAUAUUUGGACCGAGGCUUCGAGAUACGAGGGAGAGGGGGUGGAGAAGCAGACACAGGUGGCGCUUGGGAGGGUGAGCUGCUGGCUGGAGUGUUUUGGCAGGCGCUGGUCAGUCUUGCCCCACAUACUCUGGUAAUAAGUGUCUACUUAUUCCCGGCAUCUUCUCCCUGUACCAAGCACCGCCACGCAGCACCAGAGAGCCAUGAGUACGUAAGGAAAUCUACAAUGAUCGCAAGAAAUUUAACCAGAAUGUGUUUGAAGUGGUGCCCUCUGAUUUGAUUAGCACGGGGAUCAUUGUUCUCUCCUACACCCUUAAGGACAUCCAUGACGACGAGGUGUGAAGUGAGCGGCUUCCGCUUCACCAUCCUGUGAACAGCCAGCAGGAAUCUCUGACAACACCUGCUUCUGCACUACUGGCAUCUGGUCAUUAAAUAGCGGUGCCACGCCGGGCCUGACGUGCUCCGUUGCAAUUGGAGAGUCGAGUUUCACGAGGAAGAUGGGCCGAGCCUCACCGCCUUCAAGCCCCACGAGAAGUGUUAAGUAUCAUUGGCACAGAGCAGAGGGCCUGGUACAAGAGUUUUCAUUGCAGUCAAGGAAGAGUCAAGAAUUUUAAACAGGAGGAAGACUGUCAAGCAGUUAUUGGUAGGAAGAACGCGUGAAAUUCCCUUCAAGUUGCGGCGGGACCGACAGGCAACUUUCAACACUUGCGGAGGCACAAGAGUUGUGGGCAGUUUCGCCAGGAGGAGUUUGCUCCUCACUCAAGUUUACGCAAGGACACAAGAAUGAGCAAGUGUUACUAUUUCCAGGCCCUGCUGCAAGAGUUCUCUAGUCUGGGAAGGAAGAAUGCAGCAAGUCCCUCUUCUGUACUCAACAAGCGCCAUCACCUUCAUUCAGGCUUUGUACAUUCCAGCACUUCAGUAAUAAGGAAAAGAAGUGCCAUGUUUAUCCUAUUUAUUAACUUACCAUACACUGGAAAAAUGCAGUAAAACAAUAAAAAUUCAAUAUAC